UUGCCUUCUGUUCUGGUAAAUUACUUUUUUUUUUUCUUUUUCUUUUUGUGCAAUAGAUUAAAACAUACUCUUUUCUCUUACAGGGUUGAAGAGCUGACUGCCGCACUUGUUGAAGAAAAAAGACUAGUCACAACUCUCCAAACCGAUUUAGAAAACCACGAAAGGCAGAAUAAGAUUUUCAAACAGGUUAUCGAUAAAUUUUACCACAUCAGACAAAGUUCCCUGGAUAUUUUUACUGAUGCGAGUUGGGAAGAGAAAUGCGAGUGUAUAUUAGAUGACUCAGAUGAAAUGUGGAGGUUCCAAAAUGAUGAUGAUACUUCCACAUCUGAUUACAUUAAUUCUCUCGAAGCUGAAAUUGACACUCUAAGGAAAAGCGCGAAUAAUUUGCAGAACAAGCUUCGAAUGGGAAUGGAAAUCGAAAAUCAUUUGAAGAAGAAAGUUUCCAAUUUAAAGAAAAAGAAAAUCUUUUCAGAAGAUAAAAUCAAGAAGCAGAUAUCAGCAUUACUCAAUGACCACUCUCAGUACAAGAUUGAUAUCACAAACUUGCUCGAUGAGGGUUAUUCAGAGCUGAAAUCAAUUACCGAUUCAGUAAUCGAGAAAAUCAACGAGUUUGAAAUGAGUGAAAAAGAAUGUAAUUCAAAAUCUUCAUCAGUACAAGAAAAAGAAUCCAACGAGAACGAAUGCAGAGAUGUUCAUAUUAAUGCUGAUUCCGGUCCAGCUUCAAUCACCAAGAUUAAUGAUCCCGUUUUUUUUACUUCGAGUGCCUCUGAAUGUGGUGAGACCUCUGAAGCACUUGCCAUGGCAUUGCAUGAGAAGGUUGAGACGUUAUUACUAUUAUCUCAGCAAGAUGAAAGACAUCUGCUAGAGAGGAAUGUAAGUGCAGCUUUGCAAAAGAAAAUCGAGGAACUUCAGAGAAAUUUAUUGCAGGUGACAAACGAAAAGGUUAAAGCACUUAUGGAACUAGCACAACUGAAGCAGGAACUAUAUACUCUCCAAGAAAAGAUGAACGAAGGAAAGCAUUUGGGUGAAACUGUAGAAAGAAGAACUGUACAGGAAAAAGACGGAAGAUUGAAAAAUUUGCUGAAGAAAAGUUACUUAACACGCUGGGUUGGAGGUUCGGAUGAUUACGAAAAGCCAAGUCAUCACAUGGAUUUUGCAAGGAUGAAGAUUGAAAAUGCAACACUUAAGGAGAGCCUAGAAAGUAUGGAGCAUCUACUUUCUUCAGUUAGGAGACUUCGAAUUUCGCUUUUGGAGGUGAAGGAAUUAGGGGAAGGGAAAAGUGAGAAUAGUAUGGAAAGUUUGGAGCGAAUAAUAGUGGAAGCGAAUUUAGUGAAGACUGCACUUGGAAGCUCUUUACCGAUAAGUUGGUGCGGUGAAACGGAUGGAUCGUACGAUGAGAAAAUGGAUUUUGUUUCGGGUGCUGGAUUUGAGAUGGUCGAGCUCUUGAUUUUUGCUGCUCACCUCCUCAAGGAUCGAAUAUCAUAACCGAAAUUAUGACAUUUGCAUUGUGAAAUAGCAACUAUAUGUUUUGCAAUUUUUUUUUUCUUUUCCAAAUUUAUGCAGAGAAGUGGCUAUGUGUAAAUUAUUUGUUGUGUUUGUGAACUGUACAUUAAAAAUGACAACAUUUUGUAGCAGAUUUCGUUUUUUUCGUUUUAAAGAAAAAAAACCUUGUUU